AUGAAGCCGGAAGACUCCCCGUGGCUGAAGGAGAUCCUGAACGAAGUCAACUCAACUGAUGAAGGCCGCAGGAUGUUUGCCGUUUGGCGUUUCAAAGAAACCCUACAGCAGUUUGUACGAGGAGGACCUGAGCGAACCAAGGCUGUAAAUGUUUCCAUCUUCCUGCUGACGCACGGGUUUGCGAAGGAGAUCCACAGGGGGCUCACAGAUGCAGUUCAGACCGGCCGGUGGUACUUUGUAGCAAAGGACUACUUUGAGGCGAUGGCUGUGACUGGAACACCUGAUUCUGGAGUGUUUAGCCGGGUCUCUAUCUAUGCAACAGCAAUCGAGGCUCUCAUAGUGGAUACCCGAACGCUCAGGUACCUGCUAGCAGAGAUGCCGGAUCUAUUUCAAGUCCUCCCCAGCCUCUUCUUGAAAGCACAAACCUUAUUCCCAGAAGAAGGCCGUCAGCCGAGUCCGGACUCCGAUCCAGGUCUGGUGACAAAAAAGAUGCUUCUAAAAGCUCUGGGGGCUCUCUUUCUCUUCGACACCAAAGGAAAACACGCAAAGAGAGUAGCAUCCUUUCCUGGAUUCACAUCGGGUCUCGUCAAGCUCGCCCUUGAAAACGUCGAAGAGGCGGGGGCUGUUGAUGUAGCGGUGAAAAUGCUUGACACCUUGGAGUGCUUCUUUGACAUCAAAGCCAUGUCGGACGACAUUCUAGGGCUGGUUGUCGAGCUUCUGAACCACGGAAUCAGACCGAGAACUAUCUACGACGCCUGCAGAGUGAUGAUUCGGCUCCUUGAAAGCUACGAGUCUCCUUUGGAAUUGGUGCCACAUCUGAUAACAAGGGAAAGCUCUUUGCGGAAUCCCUUCCUAGCAUUAGCGGUGUGUCACGAAGCGGAGCCUAUUAUCCGAGAGUACGCUCAAAUGAUGUCCUGUCUCUUUUGCGGCGAAGCGCUGCUUGAUUUACAACUACCAGUUGACGGAAGUAUUUCUCCUGACCUCGUGAAAGCACUGGAGCUGGUAGCAAUGAAGGAUGAAAAAGUGACGCAGAAGGCACGUCAGCUGACAGCGAUGUGGAAGACACCGCCUCAAGGCAGAGAACUGUAUCUCGGGCCCAUCCAGCCCCUGCCGUUGGAGAAGGGGAUGGCUGAGACAUUGCAAAAGCUGAAGAGCCUGGACAAGAAGCCGUGCAGAAAGUGCUCACGGGCUGGCUGUGAUCGAGUGGAAGCCUGUUACAAGGAGUUCAAGAUCUGCUCGGGAUGCAAGCUUGCUUGUUAUUGCAGCCGCGAAUGCCAGAAGAAUUCCUGGAAGGAGGGUCACAAGGAGGUCUGCCGGAGAGGAUCUAGAAAAGCGACGGGAUCAUGA